AUGUAUGAGGAAGAGAGGAAUUCUGGACCACCUAUCAAACGGUUCCGUAAUGACGAUCCAAAUGUUGAUCCGAUCAAUCCAGAUCCUUCUAUUGUAGUGCAUGUUAGGAAUUUAAACCACAAAGCCACAGAAGCAGAUCUACUAGAGGCUUUGGGACCCUUUGGUCCUAUAGCUUAUGCUCUUGUUAGAAGAGCUCAAAGCAUGGCUCUCGUCGAGUUCGAGACUCUUGAUGGAGCCAAAGCCUGCGUAGAGUUUGCCGGAAGCAAUCAAAUUUUUGUAGCAGGACAACCGGCUCAAUUCAAUUACUCCACAUCAGAAAGUAUUCAAAGAAUGGGUCAUGAGUCAGCGACUCCAAAUCAUGUUCUGGUGCUCACCGUUACGAAUGUGCAAUAUCCUAUUACGGCUGAUGUCAUUCAUGAAAUCUGUAAUUCUCAUGGAGAUGUUAAACGGAUAUGUAUCGUGAAGAGAACUCACGUCGUAGUUGCCUUAGUUGAAUUUGAGUCUCAGGACGUAGCAAAGGCUGUUAAGCAUGCUAUAAAUGGAGCGGAUAUCUAUUCGGGCUGUUGUACUUUGAAAGUCGAGUUUGCUGGGACUACCCAUGUACGAGUAACCCGGCAGGAUAAUGAUCAGAGAGAUUACACAGGGAGCUUGGACGUUGUUGUACCAUCUCAAAGGAAAACGCUGAUCCCUGCUCCGUCUGAACCACCAGCUUCUUAUGGACAACAAAGUGAUUAUCCCGCUGCUUACCCAUCAGCACCAACUUUCCCAUCUCGGAACUCAUUCCGGGGCGGUCCUCCUCCGGGACCUACGAGUUCUCGACCUUCUUAUCCCCCCAACGAUCCUUACACACGUGAUCCGUAUAGCUCAAGAGAACCAUAUGAUUCGUACUCGUCUCGAGAUAACAAUUACGAUCGUGGUUACUCUAGUAGCACUGACCGUGGUUACAGAUCUGAUGACAGGGGAUUAGAUGGAGGUGAUGGAUGUGUUAUCAUGGUGUAUGGGCUUGAUCAAGCCAAGAUUAAUUGUGACAUGUUGUUCAAUUUGUUUUGCCAGUAUGGAAAUGUUUUAAGAGUUAAAUUCAUGCUAGCUAAGGUUGAUACCGCUAUGGUAGAAAUGGGACUUCCAGAACACGUGACCAACGUCAUGGGAUACCUACAGGGUGUAACUCUUUUUGGAAUGACCAUUGAGCUGAAACCAAGUUUUCAAGCGGGUGUUCGCGAAGUGAAGGAACCGUUCGAUAUGCCUGAUGGCACGCCAUCUUUCAAGGACUUUACGAACUCCCGCAAUCAAAGAUUCAGCACCGCUGAAGCUGCUCUUCGAAACAGAUUAACUGUUCCGACUCGUGUCAUCCAUUGGUACAAUGCUCCGCCUGAGAUGGACGGACAAAAAAUUCUGGAUUUAUUCGCUGAAAGAGGAGCCCCACUACCAGCUAGCACUUUUGUUUUUCCCAGCCGUACCGAGAGAUCCUCUUCGGGUACGGCUGAGUUUGAUUCUCUAGAAAAAGCAACGGAAGCACUAUCCCUUGCUAAUCAUACUCCAGUUCCCAGUCCUGCUGGAAAGUCGCCAUAUAUUGUUAAAAUGGCUUUUACCCAUCCAAGGUCGAGAAACCCUGGAUCUGAUGACCACACAGACCCUGGCAAUGAUGUCCAUGACUCCUAUGAUGAUAUGGGAGAAGGGGGAUAUAGAGGAUCGUUUGACCGAGCUUCAUCUGACCGGCCUUCGUCUUAUCGCGCCCCGCGUGGAAGAGGAAGAGGCGGAGAUUACCGUGGAGGUUCCCGCGGUGGUGGAAACGGGGGAGGCUACCGUGGUAAUUCACGUAGUGAUUACCGAGGAGGUGGAAGAGGACGGGGUAGAGGAAGGAUGUCCGAACAAGACGUGAAAGAACUCAUCAAAUGCAGGGAUAAGAUUGACGCUGAGAUUGAGGAACAUCUCAAAGUUCUUGAGCUCAAUAACUGUACCAUGGAUACUCCUCUUGUUGAUGAAGAAGGCUUUCCCAUUGCUCAGCUUGAUGUUCAUGGCAUCAGAAUUGCGAGAAAUGCUAUUAUUCUCCUUAGGAACGAUCGAAAAGAAUUAAUGGAUAAAAUUGCCGAAGGUUUGAUAACAAAUACUAAACUCGGAGCUACUUCUGAUGCUAUGGAGGUUGAUAAAUCAAAUGAUUCAACUGCCUCUGUGCCCAACGUUCAUCGUACAUCAAAUGAAGCUUUUGCUAAGGUGACUACUGUUACUGCUGACUCUCCUGCUGCAUUAGAUGGAUUCAAAGUUGGUGACCUCAUCAUCCAAUAUGGACCCCUUCAUCAUGGAAAUUUCAAAGACAUGGCUCAAUUCUCUGAAGUGACUAGAGAGAAUGAAGGAAAAAUGGUUCGUAUAACUGUAAUUCGGGAUGGUCGCCCGUUCCGUCUUGAGCUCCAUCCCCGUACUUGGAGUGGUAAAGGCCUUCUCGGUUGUGGAAUCGUUCCUGAAUCCACGGUUAACAUCCUGUAA